AUGACCCUUGCUGAAAUUAUAGAUUUCGAAUCCGAAGCGUUUGAAGACAUCACCCAAGUGCUGAUUUCUACCUUUAACCUACGGCAACGCUUAACUCCAACUUUCUGGUGGGACUAUGGAAUGCAGGACAUGCCGCUAGGUGUUUUCCGUUCUGUCCUUAAGCAACAAUUUAUAAAGAAUUCUCACAUCGAGGACAUUCGUAUUAUCGACCGACUUGUUGGUGAAACAAGACAAUCUGCUGGACAAUGGAGAGAGAGAUACGUAUGGUUUAGAGCUGGAAAGUGGAUGAAGAAUCGAAGUAUUAGGAAGUCCACAUCUACCAGAUUCGGCGAUACUGCUCGACUGGAAUCGCAGGAUCCUGGUCUUCUGAACAAGGUCUCUGAGCGAUAUGCAUCUGGCCUUCUUCCGGGUGCGCCAAAUUUUUCUGUUUUCGACUGA